CCGACCCAGAUCGGUCGCCACACUUGACUUCCAUCCAACUCUCCCGUCUUCUUUCUCUUCGCCGACCCAUCAAACGACAACCCCAAUCAACCCGACUCAAAUCACAUUCACCUGAGCGCCGUUGCGUCAAUCCUUAGGUUUCGCUUUUAUCUAUAUUUGGUACGCUGGGCGAUACACCACCACGACCUGUUUCCUAGGUCAUCCACUUCGCUUUGCUUCUCCUUUCGUCGACUCUAGACCCCGCCCCUUCUCCAUCGCCUCCGCAGUAAGGGACCACCAACCCAUCGCCCUCAGCUGUCAUCAUGCUGCCGAGACCUAUUUCCAUCGCCGCCGCUGGCUUGGCCGUGGCUACAGAGGCCUUCCUCCUCCCGCCCGGUGCCCUUCGCGACGCUCCGGCCACGCACCGCGAGCCCCUCUUCAAUGCCCUGCCCUUUGAGGUGACGGCGGCACCGAGCUCCGGGCUCUCGUCGGUCCACCUCCAGUCGGUCCAGCUCGGCUGCCCCGGCUGCGAUCUCCGUGUGGCCGGUUACGUGGGGAGCAGCUUCCGUCUGAAGGGCAAGGCCGAGAACUACCUCGACCUCGGCUUCUCCGUCCAUCACGACGCGUCGAGCGACCGCCUCCUUGUCAAUGGCUUCGAGCUGUACCCCGAGUCGGACCCGCUCGCGAGCCAGCUCCGCGCCUCGGUCGUGCCGCAAAUCGAGGCCAUGCCCGGCGAUGAACACCCCAAGCCCGUCAUGAUGGCCAUGGAGCCCCAGGACCUCGGCUUCGGCCUCGUCGUCCGCACCGACAAGGUCGACGAGCAGUCGGGCGUUGAGCUCAUCAGCGUCGACCUCCAGGUCAUCGAAGUCGGCAACCGCUUCAUCCAGGGGCUGAAGAACAUCCACAUCGAUCUGGUCAAGGACAAGAGCGGCGCCCUCAUGAUUGGCCGCAUCGGGCAGUCUGAGUCUCAGAACCCUGCCGAGCCCGCAGGCCAGUGCACCUCCCUGAUGUGCAAGAUGAAGGCGGUCGCUGUCGGCGCCAUGAACAAGAUCAUGAAGCCCCACUGCGGCGGCAAGAUGGCCCACGGCGCUCACCCCGGCGCCCCCCACCACAUGCCUCACCACCAGCCCACGCCUGCCGACGGUGCUCAGAUCCAGUACCAGCACACCCCGCGCACAUGGGCCCGCCUGUUCAAGCAGCUCAGCUACUCCAUCGUGCUGCCUGUGCUCGUUGGUAUCUUUGCUGGUAUCACCAUCAGCGUCCUCGGCAUGGUCGUUGGCACUCUCAUCGUUGGUCUUUGGCGCUUCUUCGUCCGCGGCCAGACUUUCUUCCCUCGUCGCUGCCACCGUCGCUCCGGCUCCACGUCGCAGCAUAAGGCCUCGGAGCAUGAUGCCACCGUCGCUGACGAGAAGUCUGGCCUCAUGGCUGCCGAGGACGUGCAGGACGUGCCUCCCUCGUACACCGACGAGGAGGCCACCAAGCCUGCCCCCGCCGUCUAAGCAUUUCCCUCUGCCGACCUUAGGAUCUCGCUAGGGACACCGACAAUUGGCUGUUUGACGACAGUCGCCAACACUUACGCCCUAAGUGCUAUCUGUUCUGGUGGAGACAGUCAUAUCUCUGAAAUUGAAAGGAAGGAGAAUAAGAAAACAUCAGUCAUUACAAAUAUGCCAUCUAUCUAGGUGUUGAGGGCGUUUGAAAUCAGCCACCACUUGUACAGCAAAACUGGUAUCUUGCCUGGGUUGUGGGAGCACAAGGUCUUCUCCCAGCCCUCCCGGCGCUUGGGAAUGGUCUCGAUAAGACAUGUCCUACGCCACUUUCACUCAUUUUGUUAUUGGUAUCCUUCUCUGGCUUAAGGGGUCUGGAUUUGACUCUGCGCGAAUACUACCUCAAUACUCCUUUGCUGCACGAUAGCAUUUGGUUACCUUGAUAUCGUUAGACGCGGUGUCACCGAAUUCAAUCUCGAUUAUUCCAUCGCUAAAAUGUUUUGGGUAUGAUCAACGAAAACAAAUGGGCGUGAUGGGCACAUGUUGAAAAAUAAUUUAAAGGUCCAUGGCGCUAAAGUAUAUAUCCCUACCGUACGUACGGACGUACCAUGGUGAGGGAG